AUGUCGCAUUUGGUACCACGAACUGCUACCACACCCUCGUCUGAAUGUUCCAUGCCAUCUCCUCGGUAUUCAUUACCGGAUUCCAUGGAUAACCUCGGAGCAAACUACUUCAUAUCAACUGUCAUCACACCUCGCACCGAGGGCUCGUCGCGAGGAUACUAUGAAUACAUUCCGGACCUUUUCCUCAGAGAGCAAAACUCUGAGGCCAUGCUAUCAGCAGUGUCGGCGGUGGGACUUGCUGCAAUGAGUAAUAUCAAUCAUUCCCCAAAGUGGCUCCAUCAUUCUCAAGCCCAAUAUGCCAAUGCGGUAAAGCUAGUCAACCGCUCUCUGCAAUCGGCUGAGGAAGCCCGUCGGGACAGUACUCUCGUGGCAGUUUCGGUGUUGUGCCUAUAUGAUCAAAUCGCCCACAAUAGUGACAGCAGGCUGGAUACAUGGGCUCACCAUGCAAAAGGAGCGGCCAGCAUCCUUGCCGUACGUGGCGUGGACCAAAUGACCACUCCUUUGGGCAUACGGAUGUUUUCUCAGGUUAUGGCAGACAUGCUACUUGCUUGUCUCCAUCAGCGGCUGUCAAUGCCAAUACAUAUGGUAGUCCUGCGAGAAGUGCUGACCCACUCAGGGUACGUCGAUCCAAAUCAUCUUGCAUGGCAACUGAAUGGGGUUGGAAUUGAAUGCCUCAACCUUCUGGCCACUUGCCAAUCACUCCCGUUAGUUGUGCUUAUGGACCAAGCGCUACGCAUAGACAAACAAUUUCAACGUCUCCUCGAUUCAUUGUUAUCACAGGGCCACUAUAUCACAAUUCACGAUUCAACCGCCGACCCUUCUCAGGUCUACAACCAACGUUUUGAUAUCUAUCGUGAGCCGCAAAGCGUCAAAAUCUGGGAUGGCGGUCGAGCAUUUCGCAGCUUACUCCAUCAAACACUGCAAGAAAGACUAGUACAGGCUUUUGCAGACCGCCCUUCCGAGGUGGUCCAUCCCCGUUUCACGCAACAGCUACAAUCAUCACUUGAGAUUAUGCUGCAGAUGCGGGACGACAUUCUGGCUAGCAUGCCUCAAUUACUUGGACAACUCCCGCCAAUCAAUCUGGAGACUGUUCCAUUUCCCACGGAAGAUAUGGCCAUUUUCACCAAUGCUCGGGUUCCUGGAGGUAGCCAUUUGCCUGUCUGGUUCCUUUAUGUAAUUGCCCAAUCACCCGUGGCGCGGAAAUCAGAUCGUAAGUGGAUCUUGAAUCAGAUGGAUGCAAUUUGGAGGGAGAAGGGGAUUUUCAUAGCCUGGGAUCUUGCGGGGAAAAUCAAGAAAUUAGCCUCUGGGAUCUCUAAGGUCUCAGAUUAA